AUGAAAACAACAGCUGUCAAAGAUGGUGACGAGUAUGUGCUGAAUGGCGCCAAGAUGUGGAUCACCAAUGGAACCGUGGACGGGGUGGAGACGGGUGACGCCUACCUGGUCGAAGCCUCGGUCUACGCUAGGACUGGCAAGGGCAGUCGGGACGUGUCACUUUUCCUGGUGGAAAAGGGCAUGAAAGGCUUCUCUCUGGGCCAGAAGAUCGAGGACAAGUGCGGCAUGCGUGCAUCAAUGACGGCAGAGCUUGUUUUUCAGGACUGCCGAGUGCCGGCGUCCAACCUGGUGGGUGAAGAGGGAAAGGCAACUCUUUGCAUGAUGAGAAACCUAGAGAUCGAGAGAGUGGCCCUGGCAGCCAUGAGCCUGGGCAUCGCCCGGCGGUGCGUGGAGGAGAUGAACAGGUACGCCAAGGAGCGUCAUGCCUUUGGAGCGCAGCUCAACUCCUUUGGGCAGAUUCAGAGAUUCCUCGCAGAGUCCUUCGCGGAGUACCAGGCAGGACGGAGCUACGUCUACCAGGUCGCGCGAAACCUGAAGUUAGACUCAGUAGGCAAUGGCUUGGACGCUGAUGGCGUGAAGCUCUACUGUGGGCAGAUGGGGAAAAACGUAGCAGAUCGGGCCAUCCAGGUCAUGGGUGGCUACGGCUAUGUGGGUGAGUACAAUGUGGAGCGCCUGUGGCGUGACGCCAAACUCUUGGAGAUUGGCGGUGGGACCAACGAGGCGCAUCACAAGAACAUUGUGCGAGACCUGUCUCGGCAGGACAGCGCGCGAGUGUAUACCUGCGGUGUGCUUUCUGCCUGGCUGGCCUUUGGCUUUUUACAUGGAGGCCACUGGUGUGUUCUGAGCGGUAUGGCCAGCAACUUCGGUCAUCCGCAACGGUGGCUGCUGCGAAAUCAUGCCAUCUCCUAUGCAGUCGGCAUUCUUCUGACAGCAGCAGGUGGAGCCUACUGCCAAAGUGGCACUGCCAAGCCCUGUCCGGGAGGUGAAGACAUGUCUCGGGACUGCUUCUGGCAGGAGCAGACGGUUCUCUAUCAGAUCAUUUACAUUUUGCACUACGUUGGCCUUGCCUGGAAUUUUGCCCAUUGGAUCAUGGACGGAGUCCAACUAUUGUUUUGGUCGCAGCAGAUUGUCAGAAAGACUCCCCUGAGGCUGGUUCUCACGGACUUUCCGCUCUCGAAGUUCCUGUAUUCGGGCAUCCUGUCCUUUGCCGUGCUCAUGGCGACUCUCACCUGGACGUGGUGGAUGGAGUGGAGCACCGGCAUCGCUGAGACCCCGAAUGAAAGCACCCUGCCUCGACUCGCUGGGGUGAUCUUCGCAGAGAUUUUAUGCAUUUUGGUGGUGGCCUGCAUUGGCUUGAGGAUUUGUUCUUUACUUCGCUCAGAUGUCGAGAAAGUGGAUGAAGCGUUCGGAUCUUGA